CUCCUUUCCUUUCAAAACCUGGAGGAAAAGAGGGACGCGGAGAAUGGAGGCCUUCUGGUGUCCGUUCUCCGAAAGGCGGGAAAGGCAAACUACACCUCCCGACUGGCAGCGCGCCGCUGCGCCUGCGCCCUGAUACCUGUCGCCAUCUUGCCCCUUCUGAGGCACCGCAAACAAACCCAAUUCCUGGUGUCCCCUAGUUUUGGCGGAGGAGCCUUUUAGAUGAGCCCAGAAAGGCCGGGCAGGGAAGACAAGCUCUUUGGGGCUACCAAAAAGAAGCAACAAUGCCUGUUGUGUGGCCAACACUUUUGGAUCUCAGCAGGGAUGAAUGCAAAAGGAUUCUUCGAAAAUUGGAAUUGGAGGCAUAUGCUGGAGUUAUCAGUGCACUUCGGGCACAGGGAGAUCUCACCAAGGAAAAGAAAGAUCUUCUUGGAGAACUCUCAAAAGUUCUUAGCAUCUCAACAGAACGCCACCGGGCUGAAGUUCGGAGAGCAGUAAACGAUGAACGGUUAACAACAAUUGCACAUAAAAUGAAUUUAUCCUUAUAUUUGGGUGAAAGACCAAGUUACAGUAUGUCUGGACCUAAUAGCUCUUCAGAGUGGUCCAUUGAAGGUCGUCGAUUGGUACCCCUGAUGCCUCGGCUGGUUCCCCAAACCGCCUUCACGGUAACAGCUAAUGCUGUUGCCAAUGCAGCUAUCCAGCACAAUGCAUCUCUUCCAGUGCCUGCAGAAACAGGAAGCAAGGAAGUAGUGGUUUGCUAUUCCUACACAAGUACCACGUCAACCCCAACCUCUACCCCUGUUCCAAGUGGCAGCAUAGCAACGGUUAAGUCUCCAAGACCUGCCAGCCCUGCCUCCAAUGUAGUUGUCUUGCCAAGUGGAAGUACUGUUUAUGUCAAAAGUGUUAGCUGUUCAGAUGAAGAUGAAAAACCUAGAAAACGAAGGCGAACAAACUCUUCCAGCUCCUCCCCCGUUGUCCUAAAGGAAGUUCCAAAGGCUGUCGUUCCCGUCUCAAAGACAAUCACUGUGCCUGUGAGUGGCAGUCCCAAGAUGAGCAACAUCAUGCAGAGCAUUGCCAACUCCUUACCACCCCACAUGUCUCCUGUGAAAAUAACCUUCACCAAACCAUCAACACAGACGACAAACACAACAACCCAGAAGGUUAUCAUAGUGACCACAUCACCAAGUUCAACCUUCGUGCCCAACAUUCUCUCCAAAUCCCAUAACUAUGCAGCAGUCACUAAGCUUGUACCAACAUCAGUCAUUGCUUCCACAACCCAGAAGCCACCAGUGGUUAUAACUGCUUCACAGUCCUCUCUGGUCAGUAGUAGCAGCAGUGGCAGCAGCAGUUCUACGCCGUCACCUAUUCCUAAUACAGUUGCAGUAACAGCUGUGGUUUCUUCCACACCGUCUGUGGUCAUGUCAACAGUAGCACAAGGUGUAUCUACAUCAGCAAUCAAAAUGGCAUCAACCAGACUUCCUUCUCCCAAAAGCUUAGUGGGUGCCCCAACUCAGAUUCUUGCACAGUUUCCUAAACAGCAUCAGCAGUCUCCUAAGCAGCAGUUACACCAAGUGCAGCAACAGACACAGCAACAGGUGGCCCAGCCUUCUCCAGUAUCUCAUCAGCAACAGCCUCAGCAGUCCCCUUUGCCACCUGGUAUCAAGCCUACCAUUCAAAUCAAACAAGAGUCAGGUGUUAAAAUCAUCACACAACAAGUUCAACCAAGUAAAAUCUUACCCAAACCAGUGACAGCAACUCUGCCCACCAGUAGCAAUUCCCCUAUCAUGGUGGUUAGCAGUAAUGGUGCAAUUAUGACAACUAAAUUGGUAACCACUCCUACUGGCACACAGGCAACCUAUACCCGGCCAACUGUGAGCCCAUCUCUAGGUCGGAUGGCUGCAACCCCUGGAGCUGCAACCUACGUGAAAACCACCAGUGGUAGCAUCAUUACAGUAGUACCCAAAUCAUUAGCUACCUUGGGGGGCAAGAUAAUUAGCAGUAAUAUAGUUUCUGGAACGACCACCAAAAUCACUACAAUCCCCAUGACUUCCAAGCCCAAUGUGAUUGUUGUGCAAAAGACUACAGGAAAAGGAACGACCAUUCAAGGCCUCCCGGGCAAAAACGUUGUCACAACGUUGCUAAAUGCUGGAGGGGAAAAGACUAUUCAGACGGUGCCAACAGGAGCAAAGCCAGCUAUUAUCACUGCUACAAGACCCAUCACCAAAAUGAUUGUAACUCAGCCAAAAGGAAUAGGUUCCACAGUUCAACCAGCAGCUAAAAUCAUCCCAACAAAAAUUGUUUAUGGGCAGCAAGGGAAAACACAGGUUCUUAUUAAACCCAAACCUGUGACGUUUCAAGCCACAGUUGUUAGUGAACAAACACGGCAGUUGGUCACAGAAACAUUACAGCAAGCAUCCAGGGUGGCAGAAGCUGGUAAUUCAUCUAUUCAGGAGGGAAAAGAAGAACCGCAGACUUUUACAGAUAGUAGUUCCUCUUCUACGGAGUCCUCCCACAGUUCCCAAGAUUCCCAGCCUGUAGUUCAUGUAAUUGCUUCCCGGCGUCAGGAUUGGUCAGAACAUGAGAUUGCAAUGGAGACUAGCCCCACCAUAAUUUAUCAGGAUGUAUCCAGUGAAUCACAAUCAGCUACUUCAACAAUCAAAGCUCUGUUAGAACUCCAACAGACAACAGUAAAGGAAAAAUUGGAAUCUAAACCAAGACAACCCACUAUUGACUUGAGUCAAAUGGCAGUGCCUAUUCAGAUGACCCAGGAAAAGAGACAUUCUCCUGAGAGUCCUUCAAUUGCUGUGGUAGAGUCAGAACUAGUUGCUGAAUACAUCACUACUGAACGCACUGAUGAGGGAACAGAGGUUGCUUUUCCCCUUCUAGAUGCUGUGGUGAUUUCUGGAGAAAUAUCAUCACCUCCUCUAUUUUCAGUCAGCCAUCGCUCCCAGCCCCAACAGCCCUCCCAGCCCCAGCGAACCCUGCUCCAGCAUGUGGCUCAGUCACAGACCGCAACACAGACGUCCGUGGUGGUGAAGUCCAUCCCAGCGUCUUCCCCCGGAGCAAUCACCCACAUUAUGCAGCAGGCAUUAAGCAGUCACACUGCUUUUACCAAACACAGCGAGGAACUUGGAACUGAGGAGGGCGAGGUUGAAGAGAUGGACACUUUAGACCCUCAGACAGGUCUGUUUUAUCGAUCUGCCCUGACUCAGUCACAGUCAGCUAAACAGCAGAAGCUUAGCCAGCCACAGCUGGAACAGACUCAGCUACAAGUGAAAACUCUGCAGUGCUUCCAGACUAAACAGAAGCAGACCAUCCACCUGCAGGCAGACCAGCUCCAGCACAAACUCCCGCAAAUGCCCCAGCUUUCCAUCAGGCAUCAAAAACUCACCCCUCUCCAGCAAGAACAAGCACAGCCCAAGCCAGAUGUACAGCACACACAGCAUCCCGUGGUGGCCAAAGACAGGCAGCUUCCUACCUUAAUGGCACAGCCCCCACAAACUGUAGUACAGGUGCUUGCAGUGAAAACCACGCAGCAGCUCCCCAAACUGCAGCAGGCUCCGAACCAACCAAAAAUCUACGUGCAACCCCAAACCCCCCAGAGCCAAAUGCCGCUCCCAGCCUCGUCAGAGAAACAGCCGGCAAGCCAGGUGGAGCAGCCAAUUAUAACCCAAGGAUCCUCUGUUACAAAGAUAACUUUUGAGGGGCGCCAGCCUCCCACAGUUACAAAGAUAACUGGUGGCAGUUCUGUGCCUAAGUUGACAUCACCAGUUACAAGCAUAUCUCCCAUUCAGGCCUCUGAGAAGACAGCAGUGUCAGACAUUUUGAAAAUGUCUUUGAUGGAAGCUCAGAUUGAUACAAAUGUAGAGCAUAUGGUAGUGGACCCCCCAAAGAAGGCUCUGGCCACUAGUAUGCUCACUGCUGAAGCAGGAUCUUUACCCACCACCCACGUGGUGGUGGCAGGGAUGGCGAAUUCCACUCCCCAGCAACAGAAAUGUAGAGAGUCCUGUUCAAGUCCAUCUGCCGUUGGCCCUCCCCUAACGACAAGAAAAAUCGAUGCACCAGGAGUGCCUACGACAGGCCAGUUCAUGCGUAUUCAGAAUGUAGGCCAAAAGAAAGCUGAAGAGAGCCCGGCAGAAAUUAUCAUCCAGGCCAUUCCCCAGUAUGCUAUUCCUUGCCACUCGAGCUCUAAUGUGGUCGUAGAGCCCAGCGGGCUCCUUGAGCUGAACAAUUUCACCAGUCAACAACUGGAUGAUGAUGAGACGGCAAUGGAGCAGGACAUAGACAGUAGCACAGAAGAUGGAACUGAACCCAGCCCCUCUCAGAGUUCUGCUGAUCGGUCCUAGUGUUUUGGACACAGGAGUGCACUUUAAAACCUACUUGGUUACCAAGUGUCCAGGGAAACCCUUAUAUUUUGAUGUCUAAAGAGAGCACUUUGCCCAUGCUUAGGCUGUGGACCCUGAAACAGCAGUGUUUCAACAAGAAUUGCUGCAGGAGUAGCAUUUUAAAACAAGAUAAACUCACAGGGGAAUGUACUUUUUUUAAAAAAGAAAAAAAAAAUGCACCUCUACAGUGACAUAAGACCUGAUAUUCUUUCUCUGUUGGACCUUGGUGGAUGGAAAAGUGUGUCUUGCAGUGGGAAGAGACUUUUCCUGUGAAUGUUUCUAAACUGGUUUCUACUGAGCAAACCACCAUCAAAAAAAGGAGUGUGAAUAGUUUGUAUUUUGAAACAGUGCCCAGAACAGUUUUUUUGUUUUGUUUUGUUUUGAUCUUAUGUGUUUUUGCAAAUCCCUGGAAGUACUGAAUUGAUUAACAUUUUACACCUGCUCCGUUCAUAUUUUAUAAAAUAUCUAGAGAAAUACUGGCAUUAAAGGAUCCUUGUUGAAUGGUGGAAAUCAGAUCCCUAACCAGUAGGAAGGGCUUUUUGGGUGGCUUGUACAUUCUCACCAAUUGUAUGCUAAUUUAUUAUGUUCCUUUGUGCUCUAGGCAGCACACUUGCCUUCUAUUUAUUUAAAUGUAAACAUUUCAAAGCAGGCCAUAUUCCUUCUGACAAAUUUCCUGUAAACCAGGAUUGCCUACCCUUUCCACCUCCCACCUUCCCCCUUCUCCUUUUAAGGAAACUUAUGAGAAAAUGUUUCGUUGUGAAACAGAGGAAAAGAAACAUUUUCUGGCCCAAAGGAAAUGUUCAGUUAUGUUCAGGAAAACAAAUUAUUCAUAUGAUGCUAUCGUAACAUUGAAAUUGCACAUUCGUGUUGGACUGAGACUUUGAAAAUAGCCUUUACAUGCUUUUGUUUAACCUCCCUUUGAAAUGUAUAAAAAGUUCAUUUAAGCUCUAAAUGUAACGUUUUUAAGCAUUCUACCUUUUUAGGACAUGAUUUGUUUAAGCAAUAUGUUUGGGUCUUGUUGAUCCUGUCUGUCACAAGUAGAGUGAGGGGUACGAGGGUGGGAGGGUAGGAGUCAGUUUUGACAAGUUGUGGCAAAGGAAACUGUCCUUUUCAUUUUUUUUUUUAAAGAAUGUAAAUAGAAAAGUUUUUAACGGUUUUAUAUAGAUUUCACUAUAAAUAAGCAUUUUAAGUGACAAAUGUUGAACUGUACAUACAUAUAUCAGCAUAACUGCCCAGUUUUUUUGGUGCUGAAGUACUGUAAGUAGAAUUCAUCAAUGGUCUCCUAAUUUUUGCAUCUAUACCUGGAAAGAAAAAGCUGUGAUCCAGUAGUAAUAAACUCCCACCGGAGUGACACUGCAGAUUUAAACACAAGCAUUCAUAAGAUGCACUGAUCUCUGGUAGUUGUCAUUAUUUCUCCUAGGUGAUAAUGACUUAUACCCAUAGAUGGAGCUGUUGGAUGUUAUUUUAUUGUACAAAUUCAUGUUUAAAAGACUUUGCGACUGUUUCCAGUUAAGUAAUUUUUUUAACCUCUUGGGUCAUAGACUUCUUUGAAAAUCUGAUUACACUAUGAACUCUCUCACCAAAAAGUUACACAUACCAAUAUACAUGUUAGGUUUUGCAUAUAUUUUGAGGGGUGUGUAGGCCCCUAAGUCUAUCCAUGUAUUCCAGGUUAAGCCCUCUGUUAUGGUCAAUUCCUUCCAGGUGUAAGUUUUUAUAAAAUAAAAUAUCUUUUAAAUAUUCAUGGAUCAGGUAACAAGAGCAAACUUGAAUAAAGUUAUGUUCUACUUGUGCA